GGUGUGUGGGGUAAUGGGGCGGGCUCCUGCAGCCUGAGUCCUUCCCACUUCUCAGGGGGCAACAAGCUUUUUUGCUUCCCGUGGCACUCAGCAUUGAACUGCAGUUUCCUGACUCUCUCUGCUGGCCAGGCUGAUCAGAAAGCAGCAUGGAGGCCCCUGGGAGAAGUGACCUGCUGAGGAAACUGAAAGCCCUGGGCAAGGAGGAGUUGGAGGGAUUCAAGGAUAAGCUGAAUGAAGUCCUGCUGGAGGGGGGAUCUGAGCCCAUCCCCAAAACACCAGCUGACCCGGCUGCACUAACCGACCUGGUGCUCAGGCACUGCAGAGGGGAUUCGAAAGUGGUUCUGAAAGUCCUGGAAGAUGUUGAAGGCAGACUCCGGAAAGCUUCGAGCCAUCCACAACAAGAGCGGAAGCCGUCCACUUGCACUAAAGCAGGCGACUCAGGACCAAAGAGCCACUUCACGCAUUCAGGCGAUGAGAUUCCCCCUGGUGAAGGAGGGACACUAGCAUCUGCAAUUGCCUUCAUGAAGAGGCAUCUUUCCUUCACUGGCUCCAAGGCCGAAGCUGCAGGAAAACAAAGCAGGAAGGAGGAUCCCACUGGGGACAACUGGGGAACGGACAAAUGCAAACUGUGUCCCAGGGAGGAGGAGCCUCCAGAAGAAAUAAACCCAGAGAUUAUUCGGGGCCCAGAUGGGAACCAGGAGAUGUACAGGGGGAAUGAUGACCUAGACAAGGUUCUUCUGGCUUUUGGUGUGUCAAUUAAAUAA